AUGGGAGUCACCAACUACUCCACUAGUUGGCUGACCCCUGACUGCAACCGCACUGUACCGUCGGCGUCAAAGUCAAUUGAUCCUGUUGGCAUCUCCAACGCCGACCCACAAACCUCAAAUCUAGAUCGGCCUGAUCUGCUAGACAUUUAUAUAUUGAUGACGUGGGCACCAUUCUCUUGCCGAGCAAAGGCAAAGCUUGGCUCGUCGAGGACUUGCAGACAAAGUGGUCAUGGCGGCACCAAGCCGUGGGAGUGUUGCGACGUGACCUCCUGCACCAGGUCGAUCCCGCCGAAGUGCAGCUGCGAGGACGUGGUCGACAACUGUACUGCAACCUGCAAGGUCUGCAAGCCCGUGUACCUGCCCCGCCGCGUUUGCCUAGACCAGUACACCGGCGACCCCGGUCCCAAGUGCACGGAGGAGGAUGUCGCGGCCGGCGGUUACAUUCAUUUUGACUACCUCAUCAGGUAUUCAGGUCCAGACCCUAACCAGACGACAGUGCACAUUUCAGUUCUACCAUAG